CAGCGCGCGCCGGAUUUGCCGGUAGAGACCGGCUCGAGCCGGUAUAAAAAGCAAAGCUACUGUAGUGAACUAGAAGAGACGGCAGCAUUUGUGAAAAAGAGCAGGAGGGAGCGGCGAGUGAGUGCUGAGUGUGCGUGUGAAAGCGAGAGAGAUUGCUCGUCAGGCAAAGGGCAGAAUCCCCUGAAAACUCAGGAGCAAAGGAGGCACCGGUUGGCCAUGGGACAGCCUUGGCACCGGCAGCGGGAGCCUAGCAUCGGAUAACGAACGAGACUCCUGGUCACUAUUUUCCGUUGAAGGGGUCUAUUGUAGGCUCAGGGCAGGCUCCACCUUUCCCAAAGGGGGUCAGGAGUAUAAGUCUGAGGCGAUUGCAGCCCCCUUCCCGUGCCUUCCUGAGCCGGGUCUUUGGUUCGCGCUCUUGAGGGCGAACGGUUGGGUGUUCCAGCAGUCACCUCAACAUGUUGCUGACCAGGUCAUAGGCCAAAGCUGCUCUUCUCUGCAGCUUGGGGGGAUCCUUUUCUUCCACAUCUUUCUCUCCCCAAGUUGUAGCAGCAACACCUUCUACUGACCUGAUCAAAAUGACUGUCAAAGCAACUAAAAUGUCAUGCAUUGCCCCAAAUGUUUAUACUAAAGUGCCUGAUGGAGGAUGGGGAUGGAUUGUGGCAUUCGCUUUCUUCUUUGUGGAGGCCUUGACAUAUGGCAUUAUCAAGUCCUUUGGGGUCUUCUUUACUGACUUAGUGGAAAGUUUUGAUGAAACUAACAGCAGGAUAUCAUGGAUAAUCUCAAUAUGUGUAUUUGUACUUACGUUUACAGCUCCUCUUUCUACAGUAGUGGCUAAUCGUUUUGGUCAUCGCCUGGUGGUGAUGAUUGGAGGGUUACUGGUCAGUAUUGGAAUGGUUGCAGCUUCCUUUGCACGCACAGUUGUGGAAAUGUACAUCUCAAUCGGCAUAGUCUCGGGUUUAGGAUACUCUUUUGCCUUUCUUCCAACUGUCACCAUCCUAUCUCAGUACUUCGACAAAAAGCGCUCACUGGUCACUGCCGUGGCUUCUACAGGAGAAUGCUUUGCUGUUUUCUCUUUUGCACCAGCUAUCACUGCUUCAAAGGAAUACUUUGGUUGGAGACCCAGCCUCUUGUUUGUUGGUCUACUGCAGCUUGGAAUUGUUGCCUGCGGAUUGCUGCUGCGACCCAUCACAAUCAUAGCACAAGAAGUAGUGAAAGUAUCACCAGUGGAAGAGCAAAGAGAGACAAAGUACAUGCUUGAAAAUGAGCAGACACGCACCUCAAUAGACUCCAUUGACUCAGGAGUAGAAAUAACUACCUCACCUCACAACAUACCUGGAGAUGCCAACUUGGAACUCAAAAGUAAAGAACCAAAGGAAAACACAGAGAUGCUCAUAGCAAGUGGUAGCAUUCCCACCCAGGAACCCAAACCCAAACUCCUAGACUUCUCUGUGUUGAAAGACUACAGCUUUAUUUGUUAUGCGCUUUUUGGUCUAUUUGCUACCUUGGGAUUCUUUGCUCCUUCACUAUACAUAAUUCCCCUCAGCAUGAGCCUUGGCAUCAACAAGGAUUGCUCUGCUUACAUUCUGUCAGCAAUGGCAGUAGCUGAGGUCUUUGGUAGAAUCAGUGCUGGCUGGGUCCUCAACAAAAAGCCCAUCAGAAAAAUUUAUAUUGAACUCAUCUGUGUUGUUCUGCUGGAUGUUGCCCUUUUUGCCUUCCCUCUUGCCUAUGAUUUUUGGGGGCUAAUGAUGUGUAGCAUUUUCUUUGGAUUCAUGCUCGGGACGGUAGCGGGCACACACAUUCCGAUGCUGGCUGAAGACGAUAUUGUUGGCAUUGAGAGGAUGGCAUCUGCUGCAGGGGUCUAUGUAUUUAUUCAAAGCUUAUCAGGGUUGGCUGGACCACCCCUUGCAGGUGUACUAGUGGAUACCACCACAAAUUACAGCUCUGCAUUCUAUUCCUGUGCUGCUGGAAUGCUGUUGGCUGCUGUAUUCCUUUCUCUGGUGAGGCCUUGCAAGAAUUUAACAUGUCAAAGUAAGAAACAAUCAAUACAAGAGAAUGUCUCAGAGCCUCUGCAGGAUAUACCGGACGAUUUUAUAGAACCUGAUUUUGGAAAAACUGAGGAUUCUGUAAAGGGCUGUGAUAGCAUAGCUUGAAUUUUAAAACAUUUAUUUAGGGAUCGGGGAAAAACAUGUCAGCUCAAGUCCACCUUCUAAACUACAUGUUAAAGGGAAUGCAAAAUUAUAAAGGCGAACAGAAGUUAGCAAUUCUUUUAUAAAGACUGAUUAACAUUACCUAGUGAUUGAAAACACCUAGAAUGUGAAGUUCCAUUGAUUAAUCCCAUGCACACACUCCUAUUGAGCAUGAAGUUGUGAUUCAAUUUUUCAUAUUAAUGGGAAGCAGGCGACUCAUAAUCUCUCUCUCAAUUCCAAAUCAUAGGGAAGAAGCCAACUGUUGUUACGUUAAAGAAAAAUCAGAUGUGGCUCACGUAGCUAAUGCUAAAGUUUGCCAUUUUCUUUGUUACCUAGGGGAAUCUCACACCAGAAAUAAAUGUUCUUCUCUUAAUUAACAAUACAGGAAUGGUGCCACAAAAUAACUAAUCUGACGAAAGAGAGCCUGAGGUUUUUUUUGUUUCUUUUCAUCAAAUAAGUAUAGCUGGACUGUGUUUUAAUUUUAGAGAUUAGGGAUUAAAUUUAUACUUGGAACAGGGCUGAGGAACAGGUAGUCAAUUCACCUUGUCCUGUUCAGCGUGACUUGAAUUGGAACCAACAUGGAAAGAGAUAACUUUUGUCACUCACGACUAGAGAAUUAAUGAAUAGCUUUUGUUUGUUUUAAAAAAGUUUGGUUAAACUCCACAAAAUUUCGGAGGUUACCACUUCUAUUUUAGGGCCAGUUAGUAUAGCUGUUUUAUGAGAGUAUUAUCUUAAACUGCAGAUAAAAAUACUGCCUAAUCCUAAGUAUGUUUAUUUAUAACUGAUAAGUCCUACUGUUUUCAUCAAGUUUCACUACUGAAUGUGCAUAAAUUUGCACCCUUGGUGAGACUUGCUUUUUGAGUAGAUACACUCAAAAUCGCACUAUCAGACAUAGAAGGACUAAUUCUGAUUACGCAUGGAUAGGAUUAUACUUUUAAAGACUUACUUCUCUUUUGAUAUUCAGGCAAAUCACUAUGAUUCUAGCUGUUUUAAUAUUUAGAAAGUAUUUAUUUUAUUUUGUGAUUAGCUGUUAUUUAAAACAAACAAACCAUGAAUUUGCCCCAAACUCUUCAGGUCUCUUUGAUGCAUUUCUAGUGUGUAGGUUUUUUAGAGGCAUAGAUGAGGCAUAGUGCACCUACUUGUUUUUACUGUUACAGAAGUCUUGCAACAGACUGUGCCUUUUAAAGAUAUGAAACACACACAUGCCAUCUUGGAGUUCAAUGAUUAAAACAACUGGACUAUAGUCUUAGUUGGUAGCACUCCAAGGGUCUGCUCUGGUAUACAGAGGCUGUGGUUUAAAUCCAGUGAAACAUUUCCAGCAUGUAGGGUAUUGUAUUAGGACCAUUUUAGUAAAAGUUUAGCCUACUGUUAAACGCUUUGCUGAAUCAGGAGAAAAAC